CGAAAAAAAAGUGCCGUAUUCCUAACAUGAUUGGCUAACAUCGAUGUCAGUCAUCAUAGGGGUAAAACAAGCCCACCUAGCGUCCCCGGGAAUAGGAGAGGGGAGAUUGUGAGAGGCCGACGAUGCUUGCAAUUGCGCUGCAGUCAUUCAGGGAAAUUAAGUUGUCAGUUUGGCCAGCCAUCUGCUUGAAACUAGUCAGUUAGCUAGUUAGGUGACAGCCGGUCAAGAGUAGCGAGGUUUACACUCAUAAGCACCGCUACGAUGGUCGUUCGUCAGGGAAUUUUGUAGCCGUAUUUUGUUACGAGUCGGGCAAAGAAAGCGACUGAUCCGAGAUAAGGUUACAUUUAAACACAACCUAACAGUGACAACAGGAAAGUAGAAGCAACUCGCUAGCCUACUAGCUAAGCUUUAGCCACCGUCCUUCCUCCAACUUUAAAACUACUCCUCGCAUUUGGUCGGUACUAGGUCAUCUCAUUCAGUCAUGCCUUUUCCUUUCGGAAAGUCUCAGAAGAGUCCAGCAGAAAUAGUGAGGAGUUUGAAAGAAAAUGUGACAUAUAUGGAAAAGCUGGACGCUGGAGAAAGUAAAAAGUGUGAAAAGGUGGCAGAGGAAGCUUCAAAAAAUCUCGCUUCUUUGAAGGAGGUCCUUUGUGGGACAGGUGAGAAGGAGCCUCAGACCGAGGCAGUGGCUCAACUUGCACAGGAGCUGUACAACACCAACCUUCUCAUUUCACUCAUUGCAAAUUUGCAAAGGAUUGACUUUGAGGGUAAGAAGGAUGUGGUUCAUUUGUUCAGUAAUAUUGUCAGACGGCAGAUUGGAACACGCACUCCGACGGUAGAAUACAUCUCUACGCACCAACAGAUCCUCUUCAUGCUGUUAAAAGGAUAUGAGAGUGCAGAAGUGGCUCUGAACUGUGGAAUGAUGCUGAGAGAGUGUCUUCGCCAUGAGCCGUUAGCUCGGACUAUACUCUUCUCUGAAGAGUUCUACUGUUUCUUCCGAUAUGUGGAGCUCUCCACCUUUGACAUAGCGUCAGAUGCCUUUGCAUCAUUCAAGGAUCUCCUCACAAGGCAUAAGCUUAUGUGUGCUGAUUUCUUGGAGACCAAUUAUGACCGGGUAUUUACAGAAUAUGAGAAGCUCCUGCAUUCUGACAAUUACGUCACCAAGCGACAGUCUUUAAAGCUUCUUGGGGAGCUUUUGCUGGAUAGACACAACUUUACAGUGAUGACAAAGUACAUCAGCCGAGCAGAGAACCUGAAGAUGAUGAUGAACAUGUUACGAGAUAACAGUCGCAACAUCCAGUUUGAAGCGUUUCAUGUUUUCAAGGUGUUUGUUGCAAAUCCCAACAAGACUCAGCCAGUGCUGGACAUCCUGCUGAAGAACCAGACCAAACUGGUGGAGUUCCUGAGCCACUUUCAGACUGACCGGUCAGAGGAUGAGCAAUUUUGCGACGAGAAAAACUAUCUUGUCAAGCAGAUCCGGGACCUUAAGAAGUCCACAGGCCCAGAGGAAGCCUGAGGCUGCAGAAUGGAGUGCUCCAAAAGCGGUAGAUGCAGUAGUGCCAGCCAGCGUCGAAAGACGUGUUUCUGUAAGGCUUAGCGUUCAUUACAAAAUAUAGGAACAAAGUAAAGAUGACUUCUGUCUGCUUUUUAGUUUGAAUGGGAUUUCCAUACAGCAACCUGAGUGGGCCAAGAACUCUUAUGUAAACGUAGCGCUUCUUACGUGUUGACUUGUCCAUUCUUGUAUUGUCAGACCUUAAACUGUUACUCUUCCAGAUUUUCCUUUUUGCCAGCACAGACCUUUGACAAAAUCACUCCAUUGGCGGCAUGAGCUCCAGCAGUAAGACAAUGACAGAAACUCGCGUGUGUGCGUGUCGACUGAAAAACUGUUCAUGUUCCAAUAUGAUCUCAUCCAACCGCUCUCGUGACACAUCUGAUUCAUUGCCUUAUUGUUCAUUUUCCUGUUCAUUCGAGUAUUUAAACGAUGUCAAAAGACAUCUUUGGCAUGUGGCUCAUAUUAAUAACCUAGUUUGCACAUUGUCGUUCUGCGUGCCUAAUAUGCCGUUUUUAGGCCUUUGUCUGCAUUUUGCGCUCGUGGAGGUCAGUGACGAGAGUACCAAUGCGUUUGCCAGCACAGCAAGAGAAAAUCAAAACAGCAGAGGAAUGAAUUGAUUUGUGAAGGUGGUUUUAGCCAGCGCUCGGCGGAGCUGGCAUGCCUGAAAUGGAAACAAGGCAUCAGAUAGCGCUGCGGGGUAACACCCAUCCCUGCGCCAUCCACACAGUGACCAAUUGAUCUCACUGGGAAGACCCUGUUCCAUCCUCACAUUGUCAUGUAUAGAGUAUGAGGACCGCACUCAAAUGACCACACACUAAUAAAGCCAUUCUGAGAUUACAGUUGGAAACAUUUCCACAGUAAGGUCAAAACAUUUUUAGGUCAUCAUUUCAAAAUAGAACAUCACAUUACACUUGACAAGUUUUAAUCACCUGCAAUAUUGUACCGCGUGAAUGCUAGUGCCACAGUGUGCAUUUUAUUGUAAUAAAAAAAAAGGAUUUGUUCAACCAAAAAUGCUCUCACCAAUAUUCAAUAAUAUUACUUGGUCAAUUAUGGCAGAUCUCCUUCUGGUCUCAGACUCAGGUGUUUAAGUUUGAGGGAAUUUGGACACAAUCACGAGGAAAUUACAUCUCCCGUCCUGAACUGUUUUCGAUAUCAAGUUAUUUCUGUAAUAUCACAUCAAUCUUAAAUUUUCCCUUGUUAACCCCCGUGUGGCCUUGCCACUCCUCAUAUGUUCUCUUACAAACAACGAUAAAUGAAAAGACACUCACUGAUAGCAGGCAAAUUGUGGAAAGUUAAGAUGGCAUUAAUCCGCUGCAGCUGCAAAGGAUGCACCACAAGUAUUUAUACAAACAUACAGAAGUCAUAUGCCAAAGUCUGUUUUCUAAUCAGUUAGCAUGAAGAUUUUGUUUUCAAAAGGGCUUGCUUUGUUUGAUGAAUUGAACUUGAUUUAGAAAAAUGGAGACGAUAGGAAAUUUAAUAUAAAAUCAUGCUUUGUUUGAAAUGUCUAACUAGGAUUCUUUGGCGGAUAUGUUUAAUUUUACACACACACGCAAUGCACAAGGUCAAAUGUCUUUGUGAUACUUUUUUUAAAAUGUAAUAUUGCAUUUGUUCCACCGUGAUGCAUUUUUUGAAGCAUUUAAACAAGAGGGACUAUGUUAUGAUAACGAGUGGAGAAUAUAUUAAUUUCCUCGCAGUCAUUUAAUUUGGUGUAUCUGCUUGACUUCAGCCAUUGGGACGAAAAUGUUAAAUUUCAGGAUGCACUUUCUAGGUGCACAAUCCUAACUAUGGAAAAUACCUCAAAAGUUUAGAAAUUCCUUUUUUUCUCCUUUGCAUUCCCUAACAUUUCAAUUUGUGUGGUUUGUAUGUGUGCAUUAUGUGAUCUUUCUACGUGGUCAAACUUGAACAGGGUUUUUCUUUGUGGCAAAACUAUUUUAUUGGGUGGUGCCACAUGGAUGCUACUUCAUAAUGAAUUACCAUGUGGGACCUUUAGAGUGAGUGGUACCUUAUUUAAAGAUGUUAAAUGGAUUGUCACGGUCACGUUCAUUUCAGUAAUUCUAUCUUUUUAAACCAAAGCCUUUCUAAUAUGGAGACAAAUACAAUUCCGUUUUCCUAAUUUUUAUAAUGUGCAUCGAUUAUCAUAAGUAACUAUAAAGCCAAGAACACCCACAUGGGAUAUAUUCUGUUUGAAUGUCCAUUUUAAAUCAUCUAAUAUACACAAUAGUUACUAAGUGUGUAUAGUACAGGCAUCUCCCUGUUAUACAGUCACUUACCGAGAGGAAACUCCUCGUAUUAUUUGGCACCUUGUUUAUAUUGUGCUAAAAAUAUUUCAUGUUUGAAUCCUACCUCCAACUGCGACUACAGACAGUAAAUCACUGGCAAGAUCAUGACACGAAGUCCUUGAUUGUUAAACUAUAGAGCAAGAUAAUAACAUGCUGUAUAGUCUUCUAAUUAUGGACUUGACUGUAUAUUUCCUGAUUCCGGUAGUAUUUGAUGCCGUCUCCCCUAUUUAAUCAUGAACAGACUUAAUUUGGGUGGAAUUCUCUGUACAUUUAUAAAGAAGUGUGAACGCAUUCAUUAAUAAACUUUGUUGCAAUCAAA